AUGAAACUAUGGAAACUGGAAGAAAAUAACAUGCCUCAAGAAUAUACAAUAUUAUUUGAACACUGCCUCACAUCUGGCUAUCUAUUGUGGAAGGAGGAUUUCUACAAGCAAGUAGAUGGUGUGGCGAUGGGGUCACCUGUGUCUCCCAUAGUCGCCGACAUAUUCAUGGAGGACUUUGAGGAGAAAGCCCUUCUUACUGCUCAUAGAGCACAAGGGAUAUGUGACAGAAAACAUCUGGCCGCCGAGCUUCAACACGUCAAGCAAGUAUUGCAAGACUACAAGAUUCGGGUCCCGCGCCUACGUCACAGUGAACGAGUGAAGCCAGCCACAAUCGAGCGUGCGCCUGCUGUACUACCAUAUAUCAGAGGAGUCAUAGACAAGAUUGGCUACAUCUUGAAGCGAGCUUCCAUUAAAACAUACUACAAGCCGCCGAAGAAGAUUAGUCAAUUUUUACCAUCCAUCAAAUGUAAUAUUCCUCUACAGGAUGCAGGUGUGUAUAAGCUAGAUUGUGAAUGUGGUCUCUCUUACAUAGGUCAAACAAAACGAUCUAUAAAAACCCGCGUGAAGGAAAAUAUAGCUGACGUGAAGCACCGACGCUCCGGGAAGUCUGCAGUCUGCAAACAUCUUCAAGAUCGUCCCCACCAUUACAUUCGAUUUGAUAAACCACAAAUCCUCGCAAAAAACACCGAUUCCUACCAAGGAUGA